CGUCACUCCCACAAUGCCCCGCACAAUGGGGCCGGCGGGGCCUGGGCCGGAGCCGCGCCUGGCGGGGCCCCGGGGAACGGGGUAGCUUUGGAACCAGCACAGAUGGCUGAGCUUGUUCAGAGGGACAGAAGCAACAACCUGAGCAAGUGGCAAAGACUCCUGGCACAUGUGCACAGCCCUCGACAGGAGGUGAAGGUGUUUGGCUGUUAGAGCCGUCUGGUCACAGAGGGUUCCAGGAGAGAAGUGCAGCGCCCGCUGGCUGCUUCCGCUCGACAUGGCCGUGUUCCACUAGACCUGCCAUGACGGCAUUUUUCCCCGGUGUUCCCAACUGGAUGCAAGAUGCAAAGCAGGAGGAGGAAGAGACGGGCUGGAAAUUAGUCCCCAGACCAAGAGGUGAAGAGACAGAGAGUCAGGGCAAGUGCCAAUGUGAAAUAUCGGAGCCCUCCUUCCCCAGUGUGGACAAGCUGAGAACUCACCCGCUUCCUCACGGCGAGCAGAGACCCUACAACUGCCCCCAGCUGCACUGUGGCAAGGCCUUUGCUUCCAAGUACAAGCUGUACAGGCACAUGGCCACGCACUCUGCUCAGAAGCCUCACCAGUGCAUGUACUGCGAGAAGAUGUUCCACCGCAAGGAUCACCUCCGCAACCACCUGCAGACCCACGACCCCAACAAGGAGGCUCUGCACUGCCCCGAGUGCGGCAAGAACUACAACACCAAGCUGGGCUUCCGGCGGCACCUGGCCAUGCACGCGGCGGCCAGCGGCGACCUCAGCUGCAAGGUGUGUCUGCAGAGCUUCGAGAGCACCCAGGUCCUGCUGGAGCACCUCAAGGCCCAUUCCCGGCGGGCGUCGGGGGGCGCCAAGGAGAAGAAGCACCCGUGUGACCACUGCGACAGGCGCUUCUACACCCGCAAGGACGUGCGCAGGCACCUGGUGGUGCACACGGGGAGGAAGGACUUCUUGUGCCAGUACUGCGCCCAGAGGUUUGGGAGGAAAGAUCAUCUGACCAGGCACAUGAAGAAGAGCCACUCCCAGGAACUGCUGAAGAUCAAGACGGAGCCAGUCGACAUGCUGGGGCUCCUGAGCUGCAGCUCGUCUGUCGCGGUGAAGGAAGAGCUGAGUCCUGUCCUGUGCGUGGCAUCCAGAGACAUGAUGGGGGGCAAGAGCUUCCCUGGCAUGCUGCCCGUGGGCAUGUACAGCACGCACCUCCAGACCAUGCCGAGCUCAGGGAUGCCCCACUCCUUGGUUCCCAACUCUCUUCCCGUGGGAAUGAGCUAUCCUCUGGAGUCGUCUUCUCCCAUCUCCUCCCCACCGCAGCCUCCUCCAAAGUAUCAGCUUGGAUCUACCUCAUAUUUGCCUGAGAAACUACCCAAAGUAGAGGUGGACAGCUUUUUGUCAGACUUCCCUGGCAGCCUGUCUCUCUCAUCUGGUGAGCCUCAGUCCUCCUCGCCUCAGCCGCCCCCCCUGGAUGAGGCUUUGCUUUCCAAGAGCCCCGCUAACCUUUCGGAGGCUCUCUGUGCUGCUAACAUGGACUUCUCUCAUCUUCUUGGCUUCCUCCCCCUAAACCUUCCUCCUUGCAAUCCACCCGUGUCGUCAGGGGGAUUGGUCAUGGGCUACUCACAGGGGGAGGCACAGCCACUGCUUACCACUUUGCAACACCAACCUCAAGAGUCUCCUGGAGCUGGGGCCUCACUGAACUUUGGGCCCCUUCAUUCGUUGCCCCCCGUCUUCACCUCCAGCUUGAGCACAACCACACUGCCACGUUUCCACCAGGCGUUCCAAUAAGCUGACCGUGGCACUGGAGGACAGAGCUUUCAGCCACCCUUCUGCAGAGAGCCUUAAAAACGCACAACUCUUCCCCUGGGGGAGCGAAAGCUUUGCAGAGCCGCCUCCGGGCAGGAGGUGUCUGAUCUCUGGCUGGAGCACUUGUAAGACUGGAACAGCAUCUAUCCCUGUGCCAGUCCCAGUCCUGUACAGCAGGAAGAUUUCAGCUAAUAGACUGGAUGUAUUUUAUCUAACUUUGAAUCUGUGAAUCAGGAGCCACGCUUAGCACUGACCUUCCCCGAGACCCCGGAGCGCUUUGGGAAGGGACUGCCCCUGAGGAGGAGCUGAGGCUCUUUCAUCUCGGGCUAAAUUGAAGAGUCCAGCUUCCAUUUCAUGUUACCACACUGCAAUUCUGGCAAAACAGCCAACGUCUCCCCGUGGAGAAGGAGAAGUCAGGACACCCACUCUGUGUGAAGCCGACGGGGAAGAGGCGUCCUUCCCCACUACCUCUCAUCCCCCCAUGGAGCACAGCUCACCCCUCAGAGCACAGCUGGCUCCACAGCAGCUCACCCCACGGAGCACAGCUGGCUCCACAGCAGCUCACCCCACGGAGCACGGCUCACCCCACGGAGCACAGCUGGCUCCACAGCAGCUCACCCCACGGAGCACAGCUCACCCCACGGAGCACAUCUGGCUCCACAGCAGUGUUAAGCAACGAGGCCGUUUACACAGUGAGUUUGGAGGCAUCGCCUCGCUCUCCUCUCGGAGCUGUUUGCUUAAACUCGUUACAGGGAACAUUGUUUACACAACACAAAUCUGUUUCUGCCAUUACAGACAUAGGAGGCACCAGAACCCGCUGGGUUUCUCGCUGGUGUAGCUUAGAACACUGUUUACACAACGAAGUCAGGUUGCACUGAUUUCUCCCCACUGAUCAUGUUCUUCCCCCAUGGGGAAACACACUGAGCUCGGACCACUUCAGCCUCUGCAGGCAGCAGCUCCCCACGUCUGCUCCCCGGCUGCGGCAUGUUGGGGGCACGGGGCAGCUCGGCACCCACCCAGGGGCUGGGGACAGUCCUUGGAAACGCUGCCCCUGGGCAGGCAGAAUGGGCAUCUGUUUUGGAAACCAAAGCAUGUGAAGAAACGAGGUGAGGAGCCCGGGGCCAGCAGCAGGGAGCAGCCCCAGGCAGUGGGGAGCGGGCUGCAAGCCCCGCUGCACAGGAGGAGCGCAGUACGAGUUCCUUCGGGCCUUUCCAGCCUAGCAGCUGAGUGAGGUCAGUACCCCCUUUUCGGCUUAUCCAUGAAGCAGUCUCUUAGGAGAUACAUUUUUACCUCUAUCCCAAGGUGAUAACAUCCAGGAAGUGGGAGGAAGACCUGGCCCCAGCUUGGUGUACACCCUGUCAGGGCAUCUGAUGCGUUUUCCCCAACACUAACCGUUCCAGCGGGCACUGAGGGCCCCAACCCUGCAGCACAGCCACCCUCUGGCUUGGCUUUUGGUCCCGCUGCCCUUUCUGUACCCACCUCCUCGAGCUUUGCCUCCUGAAGUCCUGCUUCCCCUGCUCCACCACUUAACAUUCUUCCAUGGACUGUCCACCUGGUGGGUGCUGAGUCCUUCGGCAUCAGCCCUGGCUCCUGCUCCUGGGCCCCGUGUGCUGCAGGUGGUGCCCCACGAGGCCGAUCUCCCCGUACACCAGUGCACAUCUGUGCACACAGACACACACACCCUCAUACCUCAGCAUGGAGGACCCACUGUAAGCCAACAUAAACCAGGAGAUGAUCGAGAUUGUUCUCCAUAAACCUGUAAAACACAGCAUCUACCUCUGCUCUGUGGUGUCAGCUCCGUCAGCGAGGCCGGACACGUCCCUGGCAGUGCAUUGAACCUUCUGCUGAGCCACCCAUCCCACUGCACCCCUUCUCCAGAGGCUUCUCCCCCUCCCCCAGAGGCUUCUCCCCCUCCCAUUUUACCCAAGAAUUUUACUUUUAAUUUAGCUUAGUGAUUGUUCCCAGAGUGACUGUUAGAGAUCCACCGAUUCUCCCACACUUAGACCAGGCAGUUUAGGUUAGCCAGCAAUGCUGCAAAGAAUACUUUUGUAUCAAAAUGUAAUAUAAGAUUUAUUUACCUCAGCAAUAUCCUGUGGCAAUGAUCUCCCCCAGUGAAAUGCAGUACAUCCCUCCCUCCUCUGUCAAACGUUGCCUUUUGAAGUCCAAUGAGUGCCUUCUCGUUCUCUAGCGUAGAAAGGGUAAACAGGGCAUUGCAGCUUCUCUGUUUGCUGUCACCAAAUACCUCAGGCCUCUCCUCUGUUGCUUUUCUCUCUGCAAAUCACUGUUACCACUAUAUGCAAGCCUUAGCCCUGCCUUCAGUUGAGGGGAUCUUCUUAACUGCGUGUUUUGUUGUGAGAAACAGCUGCUCAGAGCUGGUCCCUCGCAGCCAGUGAGGAUGGGCAGGAUUAUGCAACGCCCUGGCACCCCUCCUCCUGCUCCCCAGCCUUCAGCUUUCUUGCUUUUUGCCUGCAUUGUACUCUGAACAGACAUCAGCACUGGAUUCCUUUAGCAGUGGUAGCUAAACUUAGAGCCAGGCAUCUUCUUCCUACCAGUAGUCUGUCAAAGAAUAAAUGGAAUUCAUUUUGCUAUUAUUUGCAUGUGUGAGUUGCUUUUCCACAGCUGCUGUAACCAGCAGAGUUGCAGCAACACUUGUCCACAAAGGGAAGGUCCAAACCAGCAAGAGGAGUGUGUAGUGCUGGUGCACUGGAGCUCGU